GUUAUCACUGUAUCAGUUAGGUGCCGGGGUGUGAGUGCAGUGGCAACCUGACCAUCAUCAGCUGCUCACCUAACAACAGGAUGAGGGUGGUCUGGAGUGUAGUGUAUUUCUGCUCCUGGGUAGUUCUGGAGGUGAACUGUCAGAGUUUAGCAGGACUACUCAAGUUCCUGGGUGAGGGGAUCCAACAUAGCAACAAGGAGCCUCGAGACUACAAUACCUUCCUCAAGGAGUACGACUUCAUCAUAGUAGGCGCAGGAUCAGCUGGGUGUGUUGUCGCCAACAGACUGACUGAGAACCCCGACUGGAAAGUUCUUCUUAUAGAGGCUGGAAUGGAGGAGAACUACUUGAUGGAUAUUCCCAUCGUUGCUAACCUUUUACAAUUUUCUGAUGCCAACUGGAAGUAUACCACUAUUUCCUCCAACUCAUACUGCCUCGCGAUGGACAAACAUCGGUGUAAAAUCCCUCGAGGCAAGGUGAUGGGAGGCAGCAGUGUACUAAACUACAUGAUCUUCACCAGAGGCAACCGUCGAGACUACGACUACUGGGCGGCCAUCGGCAACAAAGGGUGGAGCUACAACCAAGUCCUUCCGUACUUCAAAAAGUCAGAGGACAUCGUCAUCCCAGAUAUGAUGGAAGACACAGUUUAUCAUCACCGCGGAGGUCCUCUCACUGUCAGCAAUCCUCCCUUCCGUUCUCCCCUCGGCCAAGCCUUCGUACAAGCUGGUCUAGAGACUGGACAGCGAUACGUAGACUACAACGGAGCUGUGCAGUCUGGCUUUGCUUAUCAUCAGGCUAGUAUGAAAAAUGGAACACGAUGGAGCACAUCACGAGCAUUUUUACAUCCCAUCAACAACCGUAAAAACCUUUUUGUAACAAAGAAUACUCAAGUGACCAAAGUACUCAUAGAUCCCACGACAAAACAAGCCUACGGAGUCGAAUUUGUCAAGAACGGCCGCAAAUACUUUGUUCGAGCUCGUAAGGAAGUUGUUCUCAGUGCUGGUGCAAUCAAUUCUCCACAACUCCUGAUGUUGUCUGGAGUAGGACCUAGGAAACAUCUGCAGACCUUUGACAUCCCUGUGAUACAGGAUCUACCUGUGGGAGAAAACUUGCAAGACCACGUAGCUUUGGGUGGGCUAACCUUCUUGGUAAAUGACUCUGUGAGUAUAAAGGUGGACAGAGUUCUUGAAAAUCCUAGAACUGUCAACAACUUUAUCAACUACCACAAAGGCUGGCCUUCCAUCCCAGGAGGUACUGAGGCCAUCGGCUUCUACGACCUGCAAGACCCCGGCAAUCCUGACGGUUAUCCAGACCUAGAACUACUCUUCAUUGCCGGGACACUCUCUGCAGAGCCGACACUCAAGAAAAACUUUGGCAUAUCAGACACUAUAUACAACUCUAUGUACAGAAGCACGGAGAAAAUGGACGGCUUCAUGAUCUUCCCGAUGGUGCUUCGUCCCGGUAGUAAAGGGUCUGUCAAGCUGCGUUCAAAGAAUCCAUUCCACAGUCCAGUCAUAGACAUGGGCUACUUCACCGAUCCUGCUGACCUCGACGUAUUGGUCGCAGGAGUGAGGAAGUCACAGGAACUAGCCAAGACAAGAGCGUUCAAGAAGUACAACGCACGUCUACUCAAGUCAGUCAUCCCCGGAUGCAGACAGUUCAAGUUUGACUCGGAUGACUACUGGAAGUGCCACGCUAGACACUUUUCCUUCACUAUAUACCACCAGUCGUGUACAUGCAAGAUGGGGCCUAUUGGGGACCCUACAGCUGUGGUGGACCCCAGACUCAGAGUUCAGGGUAUCCGAGGUCUGAGAGUAAUUGAUGCCUCCGUGAUGCCCAAGAUUCCCGCAGCUCACACCAACUCCCCGACCAUCAUGAUAGGUGAGAAAGGAGCCGACCUCAUCAAACAAGACUGGGGAUUCUCCACCCCAAAAUGACAUGUGAUACGAGACAAACUCUUCUGAAUACUCUGAGCAAGUGAUAUGUUAAACUAAAUUGCCACAUAAGUUAGGAUCCUUGAUUUAGUAGUCAAGAGGCUGUGUUAUUAUUAAUAUUAUUAGCUUUAAGUCAAUCUUUUUAGUCAUAUGACGUAUGAAUAUCCUAUUUAGAAAAUAACUUAGUCAAAUAUUGUUUUAGAUCUAGGCUAAUAUUUAUUACUCACAUUUCAGUAAACUUUUAGUGUUUUUAAUAUGUAAAUUAUUGUUAGCAUUUGUUUUUGACAAGAAAACCUUUGAAACUGUAUUAUUGAGGAAACGAUUGUUGAAAUUAGUAUUACUGUUACAACUCUGCUUUUCAUUAAAAAUUAAAGAUCACUAAUUAAUCAAUAAUCACCCUAAAAAGCCAAAAUUAGACUCAUUUGUAUAAAUAUUGUUACCUGAAAGUACAAAAAAUAUGUCAAAUUGCACUUGUAAUAAUAUAUUUUAUACUUAAACUGUUUACUCACAAAACGAUAAAUAUAUUAUUACAAGUGUUAUUUGACAUAUUUUUUGUACUUUUAGGUAAUUUAAUAACACUGACGAUGCUGAUCAAGAAGUUAUUUAAUAUUGUUACAUAUUCAGUUAAAAAGUUAAAUGCUCAACAAUGGUAUCAAUGUUUUAGCUACCGUAACUAUAAAAUCAGCUGAUUAUACUUUAAAUUGUUAACUCAAAAGCAUAGAACAGUUUCCAUAGUAGGUAUUAACACUAAUACCGAAACCCCGGUCUGACAGGCCCACGGGAAUUUUCAAAAACACAUGUUGGCAACACUGUUUACUCGGUAGAUUCCAUUCCCCCAAUACCUUCCCCCUUUUCCUCCCCUAACUAUUGAUAUAUCAUUUGUUCAUUUUGCAUGGGUGCCGUGACCUUGACAGGUCGUCUGUUCAUAACAUGUCCGUCUCAGAAGUCCAGCGUUAGUGUAUUUUAAAGCGAGGUCUCACAGACCGAGGGUUUCGGUUUGUGUGUUUCUAAGCGGGGUCCAUUAUUUUUCAAAUGGGGUCUCACAGACCGGGGGUUUCGGUUAACGUCAGCCUAGGUGGGGUUUUGGUAUUAGUGUUAAUCUGCUUUUUUAUGAGAAUACACUAGUGCAUAUUAUUUAAAUGUAAUUUUGAUAAAUGUUAGCACAAAAAAGCAACCAAAACAUGUGGCAGGGAAGAAAACAUAUAAUUAAGUCCUAAACAAGAUUUCAGGCCAUUUGGUGUGUGCCUGUGUUUAGUACAUUCUGUAUGCGUAUGAACACUCUUACAGAACACAAAUACUCAUUUGCUGCAGUUGUUGUUUAUAAAGUACGAAAUUACCACUCAACUUAUCACACAUUCAGAUGCACACAUCAGGUUCGUUUUCUCUUCAAGUAAACCUUUUGGUUACUGUAGUCUGAAUUUCAGAUAACUUAUCAGAUGGAGGUUAUACAGAAGUGUAAAUUAUAAUUAGAUUGUAAAUGUUAGCUGUACAAUAGUAAAUAAAAUUAUUUAGAUCACUAUUGCUACCCGUCCCUAUCAGAUGUAUUCAUAAUGUAUGGUUGAAACAGGUUCAAACAGUUAGUUAUAUAUCUAGCUGAAUUCAUUUUUAAGUUUUUAACUCUUAGAACUGUAAAAAAAAUAUAUAUUGUUGAUAGAGAUUGAGAACAAGACA